AUCUUCUUUUUUCUUUUUAUUUCUAAUAAAUCAAAAAGACAAAACUUUUCAAAAUCAGACAACAACCGACACUCUGUUCCGUUAGGGUUUUCGGCGUGUGUUAGCUUCUUUCCUCAGCCCUCUACUUCCUCAGUUCCUCCGCCUGAUUCCCAACCAUGGCGGAGAAACCCUCCGACGACGUCAUGCUACUACACGGCGACCUCGAUCUCACAAUCGUCCAAGCCAGAAAGCUCCCGAACAUGGACACCUUCUCCAACCACCUCCGCCUCUGCCUCACCGUCUGCACCAACCCCUCCACAGCGGACGAAGAAGAAGACCGCAGAGCCAGAGACGGCCUCCCACCACCACCACAACCACAACCUUCAAACGCCCGCAGCCACCGCAAAGUCAUCACCAGCGACCCUUACGUCACCGUCGUCGUCCCACAAGCCACCCUCGCCCGCACCCGCGUCUUGAAAAACUCCCAAGAUCCCAAAUGGGACGAGCACUUCACCAUCUCCAUAGCUCACCCUAUGUCUCACUUAGAGUUCCAAGUCAAAGACGACGACGUUUUCGGCGCUCAGAUCAUCGGCACGGCGAAAAUCCCGGUUAAGGACAUCGCCUCCGGUUCACCGGUUAAAGGCUGGUUCCCCAUCCUCGGCGCUUCGGGGAAGCCCCCGAAGAAGGAGACCGCUCUCUACAUCGAGAUGACGUUCACUCCUUUCGAUCAGAUCCAUACCUACCGGAGCGGGAUCGCCGGAGAUCCGGAUCGGAAAGGUGUGAAAGGAACUUACUUUCCGGUGAGGAAGGGGAGUCAGGUGAGGCUUUACCAAGACGCUCACGUGAUGGACGGGAUGCUGCCGGAGAUUGGGUUGGACGGUGGGAAGGUUUAUCAGCACGGCAAGUGUUGGGAGGACAUAUGCUAUGCGGUCUCCGAGGCUCACCAUAUGAUUUAUGUCGUUGGGUGGUCUGUGUUUCACAAGGUGAAGCUGGUUAGGGAGCCGACGAGGAAGUUGCCUAGAGGUGGGGAUUUGACUCUUGGGGAGUUGUUGAAGUAUAAGUCUGAAGAAGGUGUGAGGGUUUUGUUGCUUGUGUGGGAUGAUAAGACUUCUCAUGAUAAGUUUGGGAUUAGAACGCCUGGAGUGAUGGGGACACAUGAUGAAGAGACUAGGAAGUUUUUCAAGCAUUCUUCUGUCAUAUGUGUGUUGUCACCUCGCUAUGCCAGCAGUAAGCUUGGGUUGUUCAAACAACAGGUUGUUGGCACUCUAUUCACACACCAUCAGAAGUGUGUUCUUGUAGACACUCAGGCAGCUGGUAAUAAUCGCAAAGUCACAGCUUUUCUUGGAGGUAUAGAUCUUUGUGACGGCCGCUACGACACACCUGAGCACCGGAUAUUACAUGAUCUUGACACUGUAUUUAAGGAUGAUUUCCACAAUCCUACAUAUCCAGUUGGUACCAAGGCUCCAAGACAACCUUGGCACGAUCUGCACUGCAGGCUAGAAGGUCCUGCUGCGUACGACGUCCUCAUGAACUUUGAGCAGCGGUGGAGGAAAGCGACACGGUGGAAGGAGUUCAGCUUGAGGUUAAAGGGGAAAACGCACUGGCAAGACGAUGCUUUGAUCCGGAUAGGACGUAUAUCAUGGAUUCUAAGUCCAGUGUUUAAGUAUCUCAAGGAUGGUACUAAUAUGGUUCCUGAGGAUGAUCCAAUUGUGUAUGUUUCCAAAGAAGAUGAUCCUGAGAACUGGCAUGUUCAGGUGUUUCGUUCAAUAGACUCUGGAUCCUUGAAAGGGUUUCCAAAAUAUGAAGACGAGGCUAAGUUACAAAAUCUGGAAAGUGCCAAGCGUCUUGUAGUUGAUAAAAGCAUACAGACAGCAUACAUACAGACAAUCAGAUCUGCUCAGCAUUUCAUAUAUAUCGAGAAUCAGUACUUCCUUGGUUCUUCUUAUGCAUGGCCUAACUAUAAAGAUGCAGGAGCUGAUAAUCUUAUUCCUAUGGAGUUGGCACUAAAGAUUGUUAGUAAAAUCAGAGCUAAAGAGAGAUUUGCUGUGUAUGUGGUCAUACCAUUGUGGCCUGAAGGCGACCCUAAGUCUGGACCUGUCCAAGAGAUUCUAUAUUGGCAGAGCCAAACUAUGCAGAUGAUGUAUGAUGUUAUAGCAAGAGAACUGAAAGCAGUGCAGUCAGAUGCUCACCCUCUCGAUUACCUUAACUUUUACUGCCUUGGUAAACGAGAGCCGUUGCCAGAAGAUAUGGCAGACACCAAUGGCAGUGCGGAAUCGGAUUCUUAUAGGUUCCGGCGUUUCAUGAUCUACGUGCACGCAAAGGGGAUGAUAGUAGAUGAUGAGUAUGUGCUAAUAGGAUCUGCUAACAUCAACCAAAGAUCAAUGGCCGGCACGAAAGAUACCGAGAUAGCCAUGGGUGCAUAUCAACCCCAUCAUACAUGGACUAACAAGGGGAAACACCCACGUGGCCAGGUGUAUGGUUACAGGAUGUCACUAUGGGCAGAGCAUUUAGGCAAAACAGGAGAUGAGUUUGUGGAGCCUGGUGAUCUAGAAUGUGUCAGGAACGUGAACGAAAUAGCUGAAGGGAACUGGAAGACGUUCAUUGAUUCUAAUUUCUCGGAGCUGCAAGGUCACUUGAUUAAGUAUCCACUGCAAGUAGACGUUGAUGGUAAAGUGAGUUCGCUUCCAGAUUACGAUAGUUUCCCGGAUGUUGGUGGUAAGAUCAUUGGAGCUCAUUCCAUGGCUCUCCCUGAUACUCUAACCACUUAAAUGUUGUAAUGUUCUCAAUGUUGUGUGAAGUUGUACAUUUUGUAACUUCUGUUUUAUUUAUUCUUUUUAUGAUUUGUUGUCAAACUGUAUUUGUUUGGGGUCCAAAAAGUAGAAUGUGGACUAUUGAGGUAAAAUGAUAAUAAGGAGAUUUAGUUUCUCAGUGUUCUUUAAUUAAAAUUACAAUGUAAUAGCUUCUCUGCGCUA